AUGACCGUCACCCCCGCAGCCAACGGCGCCGCCGCCGCCGCGCCGCUCUUCUCCCCCUACACCCUGCCCGGCGGCCUGCAGCUGCCGCACCGGAUAGUGUACGCGCCUAUCACGCGGUGCAGGGCGUUCAACCAGGUGCCGCAGCCCAACGCAGCGCUGUACUACUCGCAGCGCGCCUCCCCCGGCGGCCUGCUCAUCACAGAGGCGACCUGCAUCAGCGACCGCGCCCACGGCUACCCCUGCACCCCAGGCAUCUACACGCAGGAGCAGAUCGAUGCCUGGAAGCCAAUCGUGGACGCCGUGCACCAGAAGGAAGCCAUCUUCUUUGCGCAGCUGUGGCACGUGGGCCGCGCCUCCCACCACAUGGAGGACUACCCCGCUCCCCGCCAGCUGGACAUCGCAGAGAUCCCCGCCAUCGUGGACCAGUACCGCCAGGCGGCGCGCAAGGCGGUGGAGGCUGGCUUUGAUGGGGUGGAGGUCCACGGGGCCAACGGAUAUUUGAUUGACCAGUUCCUCAAGGACGGCAUCAACAACCGUACCGACGAGUACGGCGGCCCCAUCGAGAGCAGGUGCCGCUUUGCUCUGGAGGUGGUGUGGGCGUGCUGCGAGGAGAUUGGGUCGGAGAAGGAGCUGAACAAGAUGAGCCUGGCUUAUGUGCACGUGACUGAGCCCCGUGUGGGUGGGUCUGAGGACAGGGACGAGGGCGGCGAUUCCAUCAAGCCCUUCCGGGAGGUGUACAAGGGCACACUCAUCUCUGCUGGCGGCUUCACGGCGGCGACCGGCGGCGCCGCCGUCGAGAGCGGGCACUGCGACCUCGUCUGCUACGGCAGGCUGCUCCUGGCCAACCCCGACAUGCCGCGCCGCUUCCAGCUGGGCGCUCCGCUCAACAAGUACGACAGGAGCACCUUCUACUCCCAGGGUUCAGAGGCCGCUCCUCUCCCUGCUGUGCCCACCUCAGGUUACACCGACUACCCGUUCCUGGAGGAGUCCGAGGAUGGCAGCGCCUUCCUGGCGUCUCUGGGCAAGGCAUAG